UUCAUUGGACAUUUUCUUCACCAGGGACAACAAUGCCGCCAGUGAAUAGUGGUGCAGCUGGACCAAGCUCCACCUCCACCCAGGAUGGACCUGCUGCCACCACGAAGAAGCGCAACAAGCCUCGGUAUUGUCGGUUUACUCAGCAGCAGCUUCGAGGAGAAUGCAAACCUAUACUUACGUAUCCCAUUGCUAUUUCUGUAAUUGCGUCUGUGGGCAUACUUUUUAUUCUGAUAGGUCUUGGUUGCACGGCAAUCUCGAGUAAGGUUGUUGAAGUGGCAGAUCGAUAUGAGACUGCGUGCGUACCAGAAAACAUGCAUAAUAAUCCAGUUGCUUAUAUCCAGAACCCUUCACAAGAUAAGUCCUGUACAAGGUUGCUCAAGGUUCCCAAGGAUAUGAAGAAGCCAAUUUACGUAUAUUAUCAACUCGACAGGUUCUACCAGAACCACAGAUGGUACGCGAGGAGCCGGAACAUCAGGCAGCUGAGGGACCCCAAGAGUGCCAAUGACACGAGACGCUGCAAGCCUGAGGCUACCGCGAACGGAAGACCCAUCGUCCCCUGCGGGCUCGUGGCGUGGAGCCUGUUCAACGACACCUACAGCUUCGCUCGCCGCAACGAGACGCUGGCGGUGAACAAGCGAGGCAUCUCGUGGAGGAGCGAGAGGGACCACCUGUUCGGCAAGCAUGUGUACCCGAGGAACUUUCAGAGCGGGGGACUCAUCGGCGGCGGGACGCUUGAUCCGAGCAAGCCUCUGAGCGAGCAGGAGGAUCUGAUGGUGUGGAUGCGGACCGCGGCGCUGCCGACGUUCCGGAAGCUGUACGGGAGAAUCGAGGUGGACCUCCGCGCCGGCGAGGUGGUCACGGUGGCCGUGCAGAACAGGUACAACACGUACAGCUUCGGCGGGGGGAAGGCGGUGGUGCUGUCGACCGCCGGCGCGCUGGGCGGCAAGAGCAGCUUCCUCGGGCGCGCGUACCUGGCCGGCGGCGCGGCGUGCCUCGGCCUGGCGCUGCUCCUCACGCUGCUCGGGCUCUUCUGCCCAGUCCCAGUCGAUGAGGAACCCCGGCUCGGGCCUGCACGACGAUGAUCGCGCUCCCAAUCCAGUGCAUAAGCGUCCUACGCUGAUCGGUGAUUUCAGCUUUGGUCCGUAGCUGUGUUUGUAAUGCACACCCAAAAAUCAAGAAUAAUGUACAGCCAGCAGUCACAGCCUCACAGGAA